AAUCAGUAUAUUUUGGUUUCUGGAGCCAAAUUCUACGAACAUGAUCUCUAUACCAUCUUGUACCUAGACCUGGAUGCAUUCCUCUCCAUCGGAAUAAAGUUGUAUGAUUGCUAA